CACUGAAGGAAUUAAUGGGCGUAAAACGACCAGUAAUCAUGUUAUGGAAGUGCAGCAAGUCAUCGGAAUUGAAGCUGCAAGAAGGUGUAUAAUUGAAGAGAUAAAAUACACGAUGGCAAGUCAUGGAAUGACCAUAGAUCUACGACAUAUGAUGCUUUUGGCAGAUCUCAUGACAUUUAAGGGUGAAGUUCUCGGAAUCACUAGAUAUGGGAUUCAGAAAAUGAAAGAGAGUGUACUGAUGUUGGCUUCAUUUGAGAAGACAGCUGAUCACCUUUUCAAUGCUUCUGUGAAUGGGAGAGAUGACAAGAUUGAAGGAGUUAGUGAAUGCAUCAUUAUGGGCAUACCAAUGCAGAUAGGCACUGGAACACUUAAAGUGAUGCAAAGAGUUGAUGAGCAGCCGAAUCCUGGACUUGAUCCAAUGCUAUAAGACAAAAAUGCAAAGUGUAAUUCAUAGUGACAUGGAUGUGCUUCCUUAUGUUUUCACAUGAUUGGAGCCAGAGACAUGCCCAGAAAGGUCAAAAUGGAGAUGCGUUACUUGUUCUCUUCGAACUUUUUGUCACUCUUAUGGUUUGAGUGAGUUUUUUGAAAUUGCUCCUUUGGCCUAAGUUAUGACAAAUUGUGCAGAUGGCCAGAGUGCAUGAACAACUAUCGCACACUUGACCUUUAUAUCAAAGUUGUAUUAUGCGAAUGAAAUAAGUGUAUUAGUGGUGAAUGACACAUCCAUCUGUUUGUAGUA